AUUUUAACUCGGAAGCAAAUUCCUCCCCUUCCUGUGGAAGAACAGAUUAAAUUGCUUGCUCGGGGCUUUUAGUAGGUUUUAUUUCCCUUUGAUAAAAGAUUUAAAGUGCGAGAGUUCCGAGUGACUUCGGCUUAUACAUCUGCCGCUCUGAAUCACCUGCAAAUUCAUCAUGGUUCUUCAACAGUUCUUCAGGUUUUCUUACAUUUUCCGUUCUGCUGUCUCCAUCCACUUACGUAGAAACAUUGGUUUUUCUGCUGUUGUGUUCAAUAAGGCAAAGGAACUUGAUCCUGUGCAAAAACUCUUUUUGGACAAGAUUAGAGAAUACAAUACAAAAACCCAGAAAGCUGGUGGCCCUGUUGAUGCUGGCCCAGAAUAUCAGAAAGAUCUGAAUGAAGGACUUGCUAAACUCCAGCGAUUGUAUGGUGGUGGAGACUUGACCAAAUUUCCAGACUUCAAAUUUGUGGAACCCAAGUUUGAAGAAGAGAAGAAGUGAUGGAAAGGACAUAUCUACCCGAAGCAGCAAUGUCAGGUUGGAUGUAUUGUAGUGGUGCAGCUGUAACUUAAAUAAACAGUUUGUUGCUCAAAUGUGUGUGUUUGAAUUCAGAAGGAUAUAUAUACAGCAGUUAUUGCUUUUGUUUAAAAUGUAUUUUGUUUUACAAGAUCAAAAGAUUUUUUCAUCAUAAUUCAGUCAUCUGGUAAGCAUAAUUCAAUAAAGCAGUCUAUUUUAAUAUUCAU